UCACUAAAGGAUAGGUAAGAAGGAUCCAUGUAUAUGUGUGCAUGUGUGUGUGUAUGUGUGUUUAUGUAUGUGUAUGUGUGUAAUAUGUGUGUAUGUAUGUAUGUGUGUGUGUGUGUGUGUGUGUGAAUCUAUUGAUGGAUCGGAUCUGAUUCACUCCAUCAUAUCAUAUUUGGUAGUAUUUUCAGCAGCGAUGUUCCUAUUGUCAUGAUUGAGGCAAUUUUUCGAGGACGUUUUAUAGCGUUUAUUACAAUUUUUGAUAUUUGUUUCAUCAGAAAUGGAAAUGUCGCGAUAGUAUCACGAAAGAAAUGGACGGAACAAGAUGAAGCUCGAAGGAUUCAACAGAUAAUGGAGGCGGAAGAAAUGGAAUACGAAAUGGAACAGCGCUCCCAAUCUGCUGCUGCCGCUGCUGCUAUUGCUGUAGAUGGUGAUAACAUGCUGCGGGAUGAUCACCAUAAUUAUCCGAUAACUGAAUCUUAUCAGUACAUAAAGGGAACAGUUCUACCAGUUACAUUUCCUAGUGUCGUUACUACUACAACAGAUGAUAGCUAUUGGUGUUAUUAUUGUACGAGUCCGCUAAGUAUAAUGAGUGGAAAUAUGCAGCGUGCAAUUGCAAAUUUCCUACGCAUUCGUCGUACGGCUUAUCCGGUUCAAGUGAAGAAUACGCGAUGCUCGGAACCACGUAAUUUGACGGAGUUAGCUGUGGAACAUUGUCGACAUCCCUAUUGUCAAACGCUAAUUUUGACAGAUCACGAUACAGGUUCAGCAUUUACAAUGCGUGGUUGUGCUGAAACAUUUGGAGCAAUAAAUGAAAAGUUGCUUGAUGCACGUGGUGAUAAUACGUGCCAGAGACUACACGAACAACUUGAUAUACAGGAAUGUAUCUGUAGGCAUCGACAAUAUUGCUAUCCAGGUGCGAAACGUCGAUUUUUCGAUACUUCAGCAGCUACAAUAUUCAUGGCUUCAGCGCCAGCUAAUAAUAUAAUAUUCAUAUUUUAUCUUAUUUUGUUAAUUUCUUUAAAGCUCACAUUUUAUGACCAAUUAUAGUUGACCUCUCUCAGUCAUCACUGGUUAUAUUUAUUUGAAUCCCAUAAUUUUCUUUCCG